GUGCCCAACCGCACCAUUCGUGGCAACAAAACCCCGCUCCCUCUCAAGCUUUCCCCAUCCAUGAGCAGUGAACACCUACUAAACCUCAAUAAACUAAUCGCUUAAUCCUCACCCAAAUCGCUUGCAUAAUCACCAUCCUCCGCUAUACAAGUUACAAACCUCCCGAUCAUUCCAGACCACCAAUCCGAGCCCCACCAUUGAUCCCCAAAUCCCAUAACAAUUCUCUCCUCGCACCAGCAACAACCCGGCGACCAGCCGAGCGAGCCCAGCAAGAAAACGCGCGCGCGCGCCACGACGCCGUGCUCCUGCUCUGCGCCUUGCUUAGAGUGGCAUCCCAGGUGGUGGCCAGCUGACGACCAAGGAGCGGCAUGUCCACGGCGGAUGCGACGACCGGGACGCCGCCGGCGCCGGCGGCGGGCCGCGGCUGGUGCUGCACCUCCGGCGCCACGCUGGAGCUGGUGGGCGCGUUCACGGUGGUGUGCCUGGUGCUGUACGGGGUGAUCCUGUACAUGAACUACCUGUACGUGCGCUGGAGCGGCCGCGACGGCGUGCACCGCACGGGCUCCGGCGGCGCGGGGCUGCCCGCGCGGAAGAGGCCCGCCGCCGGGCUCGACAAGGCGGCGCUGGCGGCCAUGCCGGUGCUCACAUUCAAGGCGGGCUCGCAUGGCGGCGGCGGCGAGCCCGUGGAGUGCGUGGUGUGCCUGAGCGCCAUGCAGGACGGGGACGCGGUGCGCGCGCUGCCCGGGUGCCGGCACGCGUUCCACGCCGCCUGCGUCGACGCCUGGCUCUGCGCGCGCGCCACCUGCCCCGUCUGCCGCGCGCACCCCGCGCUGCCGCCGCCGCAGCAGGCGCCCAAGGCCGGCGCCAAGGCGGCGCCGCCGGGGUCCUCCGGCCGGCAGCCGGCCCUGGAGAGCCAAGUAUAGCGCGGCCACAGCAGCGCUGACAGUGUGCGAGCUGCUAAGUGAAAAGCUUCUCUGAAAUCACUCUGUAUUAUAACAGCAAUCAGCAUUUCUGAUGAGGGCACGAUACCUUCGGAUACGACCAUUGAUUAUAAAGUGAGCUCGUUCCAAAUAAAUUUGUCAUUUAGAUUUGAGAAUAAAUUACUACAUAAUGAUUUAAUUAUUGUUAGAAACCAUGGAGAUGAUGAGGAGGACGUUGGGGAGGAGUGUGGAGCCGUGGUGGACCAGCAAGGGCAGCCAAGCGGAGUUGGAGGCCCAAUCCAAGUCGAGUUCGAGUCUGAUUCGGAGUCCAGGAGCAGCACGCACCAAAAUCAACGCCCAGGCCGCAUACGGAAUCCGUUUUGGAUGCUCUUUAUAUGGAUGGAAAGAUAAUUUCAAGGAGCUUCCAAUGGCACUGGUUUGCGGCCCAAAUUCAUUCGGAGUCGACGGAAAUCGCCGAAACAAUAUGACAUCCAGAAUCUGUCAGGGCGCUGCGCCGCCGUCUUUUGGGCUGUUGGCCCGUGUACCGUGUUGGCCCAAGUGGUGGACACCCCCUUGGCCUCCACCAGCAACCCUAGGACCUCCCUUAGGAUAUAAACUCAGUAGCCGCCGCCUUUUAGAUUAGGGUUUUGUUUAGUCUUGAGUUUUCCUUUGAGGAACAGACAUUGCAUCGUUGUAUCUAUGGCGACAAGUCCUUAUACAUUGAUCCAGGGCCCCAUUCUUGAUCUCC